AUGGCUGUCUCCAUGCUACAUGCCCCCUCGCGGGCAUCGACGUCGUCGUCAUCGUCCUUCAUACCCGUCUCGCGCCAGAACACAAUGUCGUCGCACGAUGGCUCGCGCUCAGUGCGCCAAUCCAAGCGCUACUCGGUCACGGCACUGUAUCUGUCCAUGUCGGCAAAAGACAAGGAGCUGGAGAUUGAGGAUGACCUGGCUCGAGCACAGAAGGUAUUGCGCGAAUUAAAGGCAAAGAUUUCGUCCCAGUCCAAGAAGAAUUUCGUUCUGGAAAAGGAUGUGCGAUAUCUCGACUCGCGGAUAGCACUCCUCAUCCAGAAUCGCAUGGCGUUGGAGGAGCAAAACGAAGUCGCAGACCAUCUCGCAGACGGCCUUGAACUCCAAGAAGGAUUUUUCCCAAACGACGAAAAGACACAAAAAUAUGGCAACCUGCUAUUUUUGCUCCAGUCCGAACCCCGGCACAUUGCGCACUUGUGUCGCCUCGUCUCCAUGGCCGAGAUUGAUGCGCUACUGCAGACAGUCAUGUUCACAAUUUACGGAAACCAGUACGAGAGCCGAGAAGAGCAUUUGCUCUUGACCAUGUUUCAGUCUGUUCUUACAUACCAGUUUGACAAUACCCCAGACUAUAGUUCGCUCCUGCGCGCAAACACCCCCGUCUCGCGCAUGAUGACCACGUACACCCGGAGAGGACCUGGUCAGAGCUACCUCAAGGUAGUCCUGCAGGACAGCAUCAACUCGCUUAUUGAGCUCAAGGAUCUGGACCUGGAGAUUAACCCCCUGAAGGUUUACGAGAAAAUGGUCACUGAACGCGAACUCCAAGGAACUCUGCCCCCGGAUAUGCCAAAGGGCGUUACGGCAGAAGAAGCUGCCGAGAACGAGACGGUGCAGAACAUCAUCCAACCUCGAGUAAACAUGCUCAUGGAGAUUGCCAACAAUUUCCUCACAACCAUUAUCAAAGGUCUCGAAGAGACGCCGUACGGCAUCCGGUGGAUUUGCAAGCAGAUUCGAAGUUUGUCAAGACGAAAGUAUCCUGACGCCCAGGAUCAGACGAUUUGCACGCUCAUUGGUGGCUUCUUUUUCUUGCGUUUUAUUAACCCUGCCAUUGUUACUCCUAGAUCAUACAUGCUCAUUGAUGUUCUGCCAGCGGAGAACCCCAAACGAACGCUUACAUACAUUGCAAAGAUGCUGCAGAACCUUGCAAACAAGCCUUCGUACGCAAAGGAACCGUACAUGGUUAAAUUGCAGCCUUUUAUCCACCAAAACAAGGAGCGCAUCAACAAGUUCUUGCUUGAUCUGUGCGAAGUCCAAGAUUUCUACGACACCUUGGAAAUGGAUAACUAUGUUGCAUUGUCGAAGAAGGAUCUUGAACUAUCUAUUACACUUAAUGAAGUGUAUGCAACACACUCGCUCUUGGAGCGACAUGCAGCAGAACUCGCAAAAGAGGAUAGCUCGCACUUGGGUGUGAUUCUUCAAGAGCUGGGACCAGCACCUGCUCAGCUUCCACGAAAGGAGAACCGAGCCAUCAAUCUUCCACUGUUCAGCAAGUGGGAGACGCCUCUUGACGACCUCACAGCUGCGCUCGACAUUACGCAAGAGGAAAUCUUCUUCAUGGAGGCCAAAUCAACAUUUGUCAUGAUUCUCCGUUCGCUGCCUGCAAACACAUCAAUCACACGACGACCAUUGCGACUGGACAAGAUUGCCGAGGCAGCCGCCACGACAAAGAACGAUUCAGUCAUGGUCAAGAAGGGCAUCCGCAGCAUGGAGCUCUUGAGCCAGUUGCAAGAAUCUGGUGUGAUUGACAAGGAAGACGGGUUUUCUCUGCUCCGGGACGAAGUCGAACAAGAACUUGUCCACCUGGGUUCGAUGAAGGACAAGGUGAUUGAAGAGACAAGGAAGCUCGAGGAGGUUUUCCGCACCAUCCGCGAUCACAAUGGCUUCCUGGUCAGCCAGCUUGACACGUACAAGUCAUAUCUCCACAACGUACGCAGUCAGUCUGAGGGCAAGACGAGGAAGCAGCAAAAGCAUCAAGUCCUGGGCCCGUACAAGUUCACGCACCAGCAGCUUGAACGAGAGGGCGUAAUCCAGAAGAGCAAUGUUCCGGAGAAUAGGAGAGCCAACAUCUACUUCAACUUCACGAGCCCGCUGCCCGGUACGUUUGUCAUUUCGCUCCACUACAAGGGCCGCAACCGCGGUCUGCUCGAGUUGGAUCUCAAGCUGGACGAUCUGUUGGAGAUGCAGAAAGAUAAUCAGGAGGACUUGGACUUGGAAUAUGUCCAGUUCAACGUGAGCAAGGUCCUGGUCCUCCUCAACAAGCGUUUCGCCCGAAAGAAGGGAUGGUAG